AUGGUCCUCGCUGCUCGUCGUUGCAGAGCAGGCUCGAUCAGAUUACUAGCUCUAAAGGGAGCAGACAUCGAUGACGCACCAUCUGGGCAGACGGCGUUGUUUAUAGCAGCCGAGAAUGGAAAUUGUAGCGGAGCUUGUGCUCUCAUUCAAGCCGGAGCCAAUGUUCGAGUCGGUGGGACUAAUGGCUGGACGCCACUUCACGCAGUUGCGCAUAGUUCAGCGAAACGAAAGAAAAGCCUCCAUGUUAUAGCGAAGAUGCUCAUUGAAAAAGGCGCCGAGGUUGACGCGCUGACGGACUCCGCGGAAACACCGUUAUAUUUAGCAAUUGCGCAGCAACAUGAGCAGGUUGUGAAAACACUGUUGGAUGCGGGCGCCAACCCCAAUUUUAGGCAACCUGAUGGCCAGACAGCCAUGCACAUCCUUGCAUCAAAGCCAAAUGAGGAAAUAAGGAAGAUGCUCGUGAAGAGGCGAGCCGAAUUUUCGUUGGCCGAUGCCAAUGGGAUAACGCCCCUGCAUAUUGCAAGUCACGGCAUGAAGCCUUAUGUGAAAAUUAAUUAUUGCAAUAGAGCCGUGUAUUGCGAGGAUAAGCCGGAAGACUGCGAAAUAGAAGCGGCCCGACAAGACUUGAUAUAUUGGUUGCUCGACAAUGGCGCGGAUGCCGACGCACAAGAUUCCUACGGACGAACUCCAGUCCAUCUUGCAGUGCUGAAGGAAGAUAGGCGCAUGCUUGCCGUCUUGAUUAGAAGCGGCACAAACUGCAAUAUCCUGGAUAACGAUGGAAAUGCACCUUUGCAUGUCGCCGUUAAAGAGAGGCUACCGCAUAUACUGGAUCAACUUCUUGAAAACGGCGCAGACGGUGAGGUCAGAGAUUCCAGCGGGAACACGCCGUUGCAUGUUGCAGAUUGGAGUCAAGAAAUUGAUACUUUACUUCAAUGGGGCGUCGAUAUUAAUGCAAAGGAUUCUCAUGGCAGAACACGACUGCAUCUUGCAUUGUCGUCCGGGGCAGUCAAUGAAGAUAUUGUGAAAAUGCUUCUUGAGUCUGGAGCUCUCACUGAUAUUGAGGAUAACGAAGGCCAAACUCCAGAAGGGCUGGCGCUGUUGACUGGAAAUCGGGCCCUGAUAAAACGGUUUCGAGGCGAUAUGAGUGACACAUCCGAUGAGAGCAGUUUGUGUCCAGUUACGGCUAGCCAAGCAGUUGAAGACACAGCCACGACGGCUUUGACGGCCCAAAAUACCUUGGGAGUUCAAGAUAUCCAUGUUGUUCCAACCGAGUUCGUGCGCAAGCAGAUCAACGCCGGAUUAGAAGAUGUUGGAGCAGAUGUUGUAAAGAUUGUCAUUGCUAAUAUUGGUGAAAGUGGCUCCCAGCUUCUCCCGUCCGAAGCAGUGAGCGCACUCCGCACAAAGCUACUACCCAUCACUACAAUUUUGACGCCUAAUAUUCUGGAGGGAGCGUUGCUUCUUCGCAAUUCCGGUGUCGACAUAAAGGACCCUGGAAGUCUUGAUGAUGCAAUUCAGUUGGCCAAGCAGUUGCAUGAGUUAGGCCCAAAGUACGUCCUUCUCAAGGGUGGACACCUGCCUCUGACGGCAGCUCGUCAAAAGUCGGAAAAUAUCGAGGAUGCAUCCCUCGUAGUCGAUGUCUUAUACAACGGGAACUCCACAACGUUGGUUGAGACUGAAUUUUCUCGGUCCAAAAACACCCAUGGCACCGGUUGCUCUCUCGCGUCUGCGAUUGCUGCCAAUCUUGCAAAUGGCAUGGAAACCAUUCUUUAUGGUUUCUUGAGGCUGACAAAAAUCAGGGGCCACUUCCUCGAUUACGUUCUAGAGCGGCCUGACGUCCAACCGUUAUGGAAUGCCUUUACGAAACAUGAGUUCGUGGCUCGGCUGGCUGAUGCUACCCUUCCGAUUGAAAAGUUCAAAUACUAUCUGAUACAAGAUUAUCUUUAUCUUUCUUCCAAAAUCGUUCUUCACAUUGAGCGCGAAAUGGCCCUGCAUCUAGAUUAUUGCGCGUCAUUCGGCCUACCUAAAGCGGAAAUUGAAUGCUAUCGAGAGAGCCAAGGUCAGUCGGAGGACUGGCUUGCGCUACAAGUCGCUCUCUCACCCUGUCUCAUUGGAUAUGGCGCUAUCGCCAAACGCUUGCACUGCGACGAAAAGAGCGUUCGCACCAGCAACAAAUACUGGAAGUGGAUCGAAAAUUAUGUCGCAGAAGACUACUCUGAGGCUGUAAGACUGGGCUCGCAGCUGCUUGAAACCCACAUGAGGCACGUGUCCCGAACCCGCAUGGAAGAACUGAGUCCAUCUCUUUUGUUUAUCGAGAUCAUUCCCGUCGCUUUGCUCAACACCCCACAAAAGUUCAAGAAAAUGUCUUAUGGAGGCGGUUAUUCCUCGUCUCGCGAGCAGUACGGCCAUCAUUCUGGCGGAAGCAGUUACAGAGGCGGUGGCCGCGGUGGGCAUGGUGGAGGUAGCAAUGGAUAUUCUAACGGCCACUCCAACAGUUAUGGAUCGUAUGGUAAUAACUCGUAUGGCAACGGAGGCGGAUCCUUUGGAGGCGGCCAUGCAGGUGGCCAUGGUGACAAGAUGACCAAUCUCGGGUCAGGCCUGAAGCAACAAGAAUGGGAUCUCAGCUCCUUGCCCAAAUUCGAGAAGCAUUUUUACAAGGAAAACCCCAUCGUGACCAAUCGCUCUACACAAGAAGUGGACGCGUUUCGGAAAACACACGAAAUGACCGUCUAUGGCAAAAAUGUUCCCCGUCCCGUUGAAAGCUUCGAUGAGGCUGGCUUCCCACAAUACGUCAUCUCUGAAGUGAAGGCUCAAGGAUUUGCGAAGCCGACACCCAUCCAGUCGCAGGGCUGGCCUAUGGCUUUAUCUGGUCGCGACGUCGUUGGUAUUGCCGAGACCGGUUCAGGUAAAACAUUAACAUAUUGCUUGCCCGCAAUUGUUCAUAUCAAUGCGCAGCCACUUCUCGCGCCUGGCGAUGGACCCAUUGUGCUUGUUUUGGCACCGACUCGUGAGUUGGCUGUUCAAAUCCAGACCGAAAUCACAAAAUUCGGAAAGUCGUCACGUAUUCGAAACACGUGUGUCUACGGCGGUGUACCCAGAGGACCCCAGAUCCGUGAUCUUGCUCGUGGCGUCGAAGUCUGCAUUGCCACUCCCGGCCGUCUGAUCGAUAUGCUUGAGGCUGGCAAAACAAAUCUUCGCCGUGUUACUUAUCUUGUUCUCGAUGAGGCAGAUCGUAUGCUUGACAUGGGAUUUGAGCCUCAAAUUCGAAAAAUCAUUGGACAGAUUCGCCCCGAUCGACAAACCUGCAUGUGGUCGGCUACCUGGCCCAAGGAAGUGCGACAACUUGCCCAUGACUUCCUCCAUGACUAUAUCCAAGUAUACAUCGGAUCGCAGGAUUUGUCCGCUAACCAUAGGAUCACGCAAAUCGUUGAAAUCGUUUCAGAUUUCGAGAAACGCGAUCGGAUGAUUCAACAUAUGGAACGCAUCAUGGAUGACAAGAAAUCGAAAAUCCUCAUUUUCACAGGAACAAAGCGUGUAGCAGAUGAAAUCACUCGAUUCCUCCGCCAAGACGGAUGGCCAGCACUGUCUAUCCACGGUGACAAGCAGCAAAACGAACGUGACUGGGUUCUAAAUGAAUUCAAAACUGGCAAAAGCCCCAUCAUGGUAGCCACUGAUGUGGCCUCCCGUGGUAUUGAUGUGCGCGACAUUACUCAUGUCUUGAAUUAUGACUAUCCGAACAACUCGGAAGAUUAUGUUCAUCGGAUUGGUCGUACUGGCCGUGCCGGUGCCAAUGGAACGGCCAUUACGCUCUUCACCACUGACAAUGCUAAGCAGGCUCGUGAUUUGGUUAAUAUUCUCACUGAGUCCAAGCAGCAGAUUGAUCCUCGCCUCGCCGAAAUGGCCCGCUUUGGCGGCGGCGGCGGUGGAGGUGGCCGCUGGGGCGGUCGUGGGCGCGGUCGCGGAGGCUUCACUGCGUCUAAUGCCGCUCCUCUUGGCCACAAUCGCCGCUGGUAA